CAUUUUAGUUGAAUUUCGACUGCGCGACGUGUAAGUCUCCUCCGAUUCUCCUCCGGAAACCGUCGUCGGCGUCGUCAGUUUCGGUGGAUCCGUCAAUUCCGUGGCUCUCUGUGUAUUUUGCGUACUCUGCGACGUCUUUUGGGACAAUUUCGGCCGACAAUUGUCCAUCAAUCCAGCCGAAAGAAGGAAAAGAAACAAACAAAAAAUCCACAAAGAAAACUCGCAUCUCGUCUCGUCGGAGGAAAAUAUAAAUAUAAAUUCCUUGUGCUUCAACAACGUCUGACAGCGGCGACGGCGGCGGCAUUUUCCUCCAGUAUGAUGUUAUUUCUGUGCAUUCGGCGAUUUUAGUUUUGGCUGCAAAAAUGUUUGAGAUGGCCCGAAAUGGUUACAGUCGCCGCUACAGUCGGAUGCUGGCUGUUGCCUAGAAAUACGAAAGCCAGCAAAAGCCCCAAAAAACAGUACCGGAAACCGAGACCUCAGACUCGAAAAUAAUGUCCUGCUGCUACAUGCAUUGAAGUUGACAUCACACACACAGAUACACACCCACACAGAGCCAGUGAAAGCUUUUUGAGCAGAGCGGAGAGGAAGGAGUACAAUGGUCAUCCAGUGCACAUGUGAUUGCAACUGCAGUGAUAGUAGAGAUAACCGGAGCCUCAUCUCCUCCUGCCUCCCAGCAGCAGCAGCCACAGUGCCACCACGCCAGCAGCAACGAGGAGGCGGCACCGGCGGCAACCAUCAUCCAUUCGGUUCCUCAGCAGCCUCUGGUGGCGAUGAUAUGGAGCAUAGGAUACCAUACUAUCGCCGCUUAUCGAAUACCUCAUCAGCCCUGUACGGCAGCUGUCCCCAAUUGCUGGCCACCAGCACCAGCACCAGCACCCUACCGCAUCCCUGUCCCCAUCAUUCGUCCAGGCAGCUGGAGGACAGACAGUACUCGAGUCUGGUGAGACCCAAGCAUAGGAGUCCCGUGCUGUGCAACAAAUCCUGGUGGGUUUCAUGUCCCAGGCUCUCGAAUCUAUCCAGUGAACAGCUCCAGGAGCUCCAGGAACAGCAAAUAAAAAUGCAGUCGUCGCACUGUCAUGCUGGAGGCGGCGCAACAGCCACGGCCACGGCCACAGCCGCCGCCCUGCCGCGCUUCCCCUUGCAAACGGCCAAGAGGCAUUGUGACAAUUUUGGCAGCUAUGCCACAUUGCCCACCAUUGAACAGCAGCACCAGGGACAGCAUCCUGUCGCCUGCAGUCGACAUGGUGGCGGUGCCGUUGGCGUAUUGCCUGCCCCACCGCCUCCACGCUGGUAUGGCGGUGGUGUGGCCGCUGCAAAUCCCAAUUUGAAUGGCUGCUGUUAUAUGUACAAUCCGCCUAGCACAAACCCUCAUCACCAGCAUCAUCAGUAUGCCCCACAAUAUUGCCUCUGCGAUAAUUGGUAUCAACAACAACAACAGCAACAGCAGCAGCAGGUGCACCAUCAUCAGGUGCAACAAAGAAGCAAACCGAAUGGCGGCGGCUGCUACUUUGGCUAUGAGGGCCACCACACGCAUCCCCAUCCCUCCAUCCCCAUGCAUGCACCGACGACACACUUGCCGGUACCACCGCACAUCACCGAUGAGGAGGAUUCGGCCUUUCCGGCACUGGCCGAUCGGGAGUUUCAUAUGCUGCAUCGGAACAUACCGGCAUUGCGGCGCACGGGUGUGGACACCACACGCAUCCGACAGUACUUUUACCCCGAUGGCGGCUGGGGCUGGAUUAUCUGUGGCGUCUCCUUUCUCGUUCAUAUCCUGACCACCGGACUGCAGCUCAGCUACGGCCUUCUGUUGUUCUACGCCGUACAAUAUUUGCAUAAUACCAAUGGCAUAGAACUCCUGGGCGCCCUGAGCUGGUCAAUUUCCAUGCUGGCCACACCGUUUGUGGUGUCGCUCUGUCGAAAGCGCUCCAUUCGCCUGCUCUCCAUUGUGGGUGGCCUCGUGAUGCCCCUGGGCAUACUGUUCACCUCAUUUGCCACGGAAUUUGGACAGGUUGUUUUCAGUUAUGGCAUCGUCUUUGGCAUCGGUGUCGCCAUGGUGCGUGAGGCAUCCACCGUGAUGCUCGGCAAUUACUUUAAGCGUCGCCGUCAGUUCGUCGAAAUGGUGGCCAUGUCCGGCGAGGGUGUGGGCAUCGCAUUGUUCUCCGUCAUCCUGAAGGAGGGCGUGGGCAAGGCCGGCUGGCGCCUGGGCCUGCAGAUUGUGGCCGCCCUGACGGCCCUCAGCUUUUUCAUGGGCCUCAUGUAUCGACCGGCCUCCCUCUACCAUCCCCAGCGACGGGCCAUCCAGCACUUGAAGAAUCAGCGCAAAAAGAUGAGGGAAAAGAAACCGAUUUUGAGCCAGGAAGUGGAGUCCCCGACGAGAUAUCUUUUUUUGGACAUAUCAUCACUGAAAUCGGUGACAGUUAAGAUUUUAUUAAUGACCUCCAGUGUGGCCUCCUUUGGCAUUUACACACCCAUGUUCCUAAUGGCUCUCAAUGCCGCCAAGGAGGGCUCGGAUGUCCAGGAAUUGGUUUUGUUGCAGACUUUUCUUGGCAUUUCCAUGGCCCUGGGUGUGGUUAUAGCUGGGGCCCUGCUGCGUCGCGUCUUUGUGAUCAGACACUUUGUAAUUAACACGAAAAUUGUCACCCAGCUCUUCAUAUCAAUUGUGGCCCUGGCCAUACUCUUUCUAUCCUUCGUGAUGGGCUAUAAGGGCCUGUGCAUCCUUAGCUGGUUAUAUGGCAUAGGUCUGGGUGGCUUUCAGUAUUCCUUGAAGAUAUUGGCACUGGAACGAAUAAAACUAAAGCAUUUCUCCAAGGCUUGGGGUUUCAUUCGAGGCGUUGAAUCGGUUCCAGUUCUGAUCAGUGUGCCACUGACUUCCUUCCUCAACGAUUACUCCCUGAAAUACGGUCGUGCUGGCUACUACAUUUGCUCCGCUGCCGCUGCCAUUUCUGGCAUCAUAAUCUUCUUUAUCAGUGAGCCGCAGCACCAGCAGAACCAGCAGCAGCAGCAGCAGCACCAUCACCAGCACCAGCAUCGCGGUGGACAGCCGCAUUUGAAUGGACACCUGCCCACGCCCAUGCUGAUGCGGCACUCUUCGGCGAGGCAGCAUCGGCCCCCACACAUGCACAUGGACUAUGGCUACGGGGAGUAUCCGGCCCCUGAUCUCCUCAGUCGCAGCUGCAUUAGUCUCAAUCAAAUGGAUCCGUAUCUGCAGACCAGCGCCAACUAUUGCCAACGUCACAUGCAGCAGCAGCAGCAGCAGCAGCAGCACCAUCACUCCCAUUCCCACUUACAUGCCCUUGGCCCACCUCAGCAGCAUCCACAGCAGUUGGCGUGCCACAAUCUGGACAUGCAGCAGGUGCGCGGCGGCGGCGGCGGCGUCGGCGCCUAUCAGGCGGGGCAGGGCAGCAUUGGGGCCCGCAUGGGCAAGCGUCUGCAGCGCAGCCUGUCCUUCAUCCAGCAGCACAACUGCUGCGAUGGUCUCUACUGCAGCUUCCACAGCACCUACGAGCUGGGCUGCCACAAGAGCAACAAAUCCCAGGACAGGCAGGCAUUGAUAUGCACCUGCAGUCCCAGCACCACCACCACCACAGCCACCACCUAUGGAGGAGGACACAUGGCUGGAGCGAACUCCACUCGCAGCCGCAGCGUUCCAGAGGGUCUAUCGACCAUGUCGCAGCAGUGUAACUGCCGGCACGGCCAGGCGGCCACUGGAUCAGGUUCGGGUCCAGGUCCCACCCGUGAGUUCAUCUACGUGCCGCAUGCCUAUGCCUCGCUUCAGAGAACGCCACAUCGUCAUAGCCAAGGAGCGGGUGGCGGAGCCAGUGCCGGAGGAGGAUGCCAGACGUUGCGAAACAAUCCACAAUGCCGUCUGAAGCGUUCCCAGUCCCUGUGUCGACCCGGAACCGUGCAGUUUGUGGAGCAAAUCACCACCUCGGUGUAGGAUGCUAGGACCCCAAUUGGGUCCCAUAAAACUUAUUUUUUGGUAUUAUAGUCCAACCCAGACACCACAUACAUGUUACGUGAAUCGAAUUCAGAAUUUGUCAGAUCUCUUCUAGUCUUUCGUCGUAUGUAGCUCUAUUAGAAAUGUAAACUAAUACUCCUCUCCAGCUGGGAGCUCAAAAGGGAAUGUGGAAGAACCCACUGCCCCCCUCCCACCCUCACACACACCUUAAACAAAGAAAAGCAACUCAAUGAAUUUUCCAUAUAUAUAUAAAUCCCAUAUAAAAACCCACACACAACACACACAUUCAUUAAACUAGGAUGAAAAUUUUUACUCAUUAGCAUAUGAAUAUAUUAUAGAGAUUACAGACAGACGAAAAAGCUUUAUCGGGUGUCUCAAGCAGCAAGAAUAAACGGAAAACAAAAACAAAAACAAAAAAACAACAAGUAUUCAAAUUAUGGCAAGAACAUAAAUAUUUAUAAGGCACUUCAAAUGGGGAAUCGAAACGAAUCGAAUCGAACGCAAAAAAAAGAAAGAAACUUCUUAAAUGGUCCAUUUUAUAAACGUGCAUACAAUUUAACCACCGAAUACCGAUUACCAAUCUAUAUAUACAUACUACGAAAAGAGACCCAUUACCGAUGUCUCCCCUGAGGCGGGACCCAGAGAGACCCAGAGAUCCAGAGACCAGAUCCAGUGCCAAGAGCCAAGUGCCGAGUGCCGUGUGCUGAUUGCCGAGUUUGUCGUGUCAGCGCAAAAGUACUUUAUUUUUCAAUAAUAUAUACAUGUAUAUUGCAUAAUUAAGAUGCGUGCAACAUCGUACACGGCGACAGAGAAAUGAAAAUUACUUUUACCACGGCCGCUGAUUGAGUGAGUGAAAUGAGCCUUAUUUUUCGAACCGAAACGAACCGAAAUGAACCGAAACGAGGCAUAUGAAAUAAUAAUGAUUACCAUUAUGAUAACCAUAAUUAAUUGAAGCUGCAAAUUAUCACAGGAGCAGUGCGGUAAUCCACCAUAAAUUACAAAAAACAAUGGCGGCCAAUAUUGGCCAUGAAUUGCAUGAACAGUAGUCAAAAAUGAGAGAGCCAAUUGGUAAGCCAUUUAGAAUUCAUUAAAAAAGUUCAGCGCUAACUAAAUAGAACUCUGAACAGAAUAGAACAGAAACAGAGCUGCAUAGGUGUACAUAUAAUAAUUAGUUGGAAAAAAGGAAAAUAUUCUAUAAAUACAAAGGAUUCAUGCACCAGUAAAACGAUAGCAUGAAUCAUUUAACUAAAAAGACCAAAGGGCAAAUGGCAAAUGGCAGAACUGUUGUUUCACGGUGCGUUUUAUGCCGACCGAUUCUAUCGAAAUAUCCCGUCGUCAAAUUGAAGCCAUUCUCGUGACUCUUUUGUUAUUAUUCAGGGAAUUUUCGUGCAGGGGAACCCACUAUGUCAUGCUGUGUGACAACAAAAACCGGCGAGAUUUACAUGUUAACCCGCUGCGAAUACGCUCUCGAUGCGAAAAGACGACAGGCAGUACAAAAACGCAUCGUUUAACAGCAGCUUGAAUAAACAGAAUAUUUUAUAAAAUAUUUGAAAAGCUUAAUGAAAUGGCAAAUAAACAAAAUAUGAAAGGAAAACAGCAUACAAGUGUCAAUACAUUGUUGUUUUUCCAAUAAAAAUGGUAACAACAACAAAUAAAAGAUACAAAUCUAAUACAAAAAGGCAAAGAACAUUUCGUACAAUAUGUUCAGCAAAGGCCUAAUCCAAAAAGUCAUUGAAAAACCAAACCAAAUUGAGAGAAAAAAAUGAAUAAAAAUUUUAGAUGAAUGUGAGCAGAAUAUUUGCCCAUAAAAUGUUUACCACGAAUUGGAAAACCCAAGAAAAAUGUAUGCCUCAACACACCAUUUGGCCCACAAAAAAUGUGAAAAUGAAAGAAAAUAAACUGCCAGGAAAUGCAAUAAAAGAAAAAACAUUAGCAUACAUAUAUUACGAAGCAAACUAAGGUCCUACCACAAAAUUUGUUCACUCUUUCAAGGUCAUUAAAAUAAAUUAGAUAUAAAUUUUCCACUAAGAAAAACCACAUACUGCAAGCCCCACAAAUGUUCGCCAUUUUGUGUUCGAAUAAAACGAAUGAAAAUUUGCAUCAAAUAAACAUACACUAAAUAGCAUAUCUAUGUGCCAAUAAAAAGAAAACCAAAAGAAAAAAAAAAAACAAUUGUCAAAAAAUGAAAAUGAAAACUAACCAAUUUUAAGGUACAACUUGUAGCUAAAACAAUUUUUAUCUGUGCCGAGAUUUAGAUAUGGGAAUUUUUCGGAGCGAACCUAAACAAGAAACUCCAAAACUUUGUAACUCUUUAUCAUUAGUAGAUUAGUGUGAUAAAUGUUAAUAAAGGCAACACCUAAAUGGAAACUUAA